CGGAGUGCGAGGCUCUUUUUCGCAGAUGUUUUACACUAAUGAAAAGCACAAACUUGAGCUGCUACAAGGAUCUCAGAUCAAUGUCUUAGUGCCCUCUGAGUAUGAGUACAGCAUGAGGAGGCGUUUAGAGGAUCAGGAGCCAGUGUUCACCCCACAACAACGUCGCCUUCCAGGCAGUGCCGAGGGCUUCCAGCAUAGAGUUCUUGCCCCGGCGCCAGCCGUUUUUGAGGCUGUGACUGACGGCAUGCAGCCUACUCCAGGAAUACAGUACCCUGUUCCUCAGGGGUACCAGGUGCCUACUGUGGCACAAAGCUCAAAUGGUCAUGGUCACACUCCCAGCCCGGCGGUCCACAGCGGGGCUCACCAUCUCAGCCCAGCAGUCCAGUCCCACGGUCCAGCACCAGUGCAAGGCCAAGGCCACACCCACCCACUCAUCCCCUCUGCAUCUGCACAGGGGCAGCAGCAGUUCCAGAGACUCAAGGUAGAGGAUGCCCUGUCUUACCUGGACCAGGUAAAGCUGCAGUUUGGCAAUCAGCCACAGGUCUACAAUGAUUUCUUGGACAUUAUGAAAGAGUUCAAAUCUCAGAGUAUUGACACCCCUGGCGUAAUCAGCAGGGUGUCCCAGCUCUUUAAGGGUCACCCUGAUCUCAUUAUGGGGUUUAACACAUUUCUUCCACCGGGAUACAAGAUUGAAGUUCAGACCAAUGACCUGGUUAAUGUGACCACGCCCGGUCAGAUCCACCACAUCACACCUCAUGGCAUCACUGUGCAAAACAUCCCCACCGGACCAGCACCACAGCACCAGAACCAGACACCUGCAAAUCCCACCAGCAUGGCUUCCACACCACCCGCCCAGCCCACACCGAAAAGCAAGUUUCCAUCCCUCUCUCUCCAGGCACUGCAGUCUCUGGCACUGACUCCAAGCAGUCAUCCCAAUCCAUCCAUCCCACCGUAUGCUUCCCCACAGUCCCCCCCACCGCAGCCCCUUACCCCCAUCAGCAGUAUGCCCUCCACCCCACUACUGCAGAACAACCAGCCUGUGGAGUUCAACCAUGCCAUCAACUAUGUCAACAAGAUUAAGAACCGCUUCCAGGGCCAGCCCAACAUCUACAAGUCCUUCCUCGAAAUCCUGCACACAUACCAGAAGGAGCAGCGUAAUGCUAAAGAAGGGGGCGGGAGCUACACACCAACCCUGACGGAGCAGGAGGUUUAUGCUCAAGUAGCUCAGCUCUUCAAGAACCAGGAAGAUCUGCUCUCAGAGUUUGGCCAGUUCCUGCCAGAUGCCAACAGCUCUUUGUUGCUGGGCAAGACAACAGCAGAGAAGGCUGAAUCUGUGCGUAACGAUCACGGUGGAACGGUCAAGAAACCGCAGCUCUAUAACAAGCAGAGGCUUAAUCAGAAUGGCUGCCAGAUACGCAGACACUCGACUACAGCGGUCACUCCACCUGUGAAGAAAAAGCACAAGUUAUUGAAUCUUAAAGAUUCAUCUGUGGCUGACGCCAGCAAACAUGGAGGAACAGAGUCUCUUUUCUUUGACAAAGUGAGGAAAGCCUUGCAGAGUGCUGAGGCCUUUGAUAACUUCCUGCGGUGCCUGGUCCUUUUUAACCAAGAGAUUAUUUCACACGCUGAGCUGGUUCAACUUGUGGUUCCAUUCCUGGGCAAAUUUCCUGAGCUGUUUACCUGGUUUAAGAACUUUAUUGGCUAUAAGGAGAUGUCACACAUGGAGACAUACCCUAAAGAAAGAGCCACUGAGGGAAUCGCCAUGGAAAUUGACUAUGCAUCAUGCAAACGUCUGGGUUCGAGUUACAGAGCUUUACCCAAGAGCUACCAGCUGCCCAAAUGCACAGGGAGAACACCACUUUGUAAAGAGGUGCUGAAUGAUACUUGGGUUUCCUUUCCUUCCUGGUCUGAGGACUCCACCUUCGUCAGCUCUAAAAAGACUCAGUAUGAAGAGCACAUGUACAGAUGUGAGGAUGAGCAAUUUGAGUUGGAUGUCGUCUUGGAAACUAACCUGGCCACCAUUCGUGUAUUGGAGUCAAUUCAAAAGAAGCUCUCUCGGAUGUCUGCAGAAGAGCAGGUGAAAUUCCGGCUGGACAACACUUUGGGCGGCUCCUCUGAGAUCAUCCACCGGAAAGCCAUUCAGAGGAUAUAUGGUGACAAAGCUCUAGAUAUCAUCGACGGGCUGAAGAAGAACCCAGCCAUGUCUGUGCCCAUUGUACUCAAGAGACUUAAGUUGAAAGAGGAAGAGUGGCGUGAAGCUCAACGGGGUUUUAACAAGAUCUGGAGGGAGCAGAAUGAGAAAUAUUUCCUGAAAUCUCUGGACCAUCAAGGCAUUAAUUUCAAACAGAAUGACACUAAAGUUCUGCGUUCUAAAACGCUUCUCAACGAGAUUGAGAGCAUCUUUGAUGAGCGGCAGGAACAGACCUCGGAGGACAGCAGUAGGCCCCCUAGUGGCCCUCACCUGACACUGACCUACGACGACCGCCAGAUUCUAGAAGAUGCAGCAGCUUUGAUCAUCCACCAUGUGAAACGCCAGAGCAGCAUCAACAAAGAGGACAAAUACAAGAUCAAACAAAUCAUCUACCAUUUUAUCCCUGACUUGCUAUUUUUCCAGCGGGGGGUGCUGUCGGAUGCUGAGGAAGAGGAUGACGAGGAAGACGUGGACCUUGAAGAGGGAGCUUCAAAGAAGCAUAACGGGCUAACUGGAGGAGUUUGUGGCAGCCCGCCAAAUUCCAAACUGCUCUUUAGCUUGCCCACAGCUCAACGGCUUCGCUCUUGCGAGGAUGCGUACAAUCUGUUCUUCGUGAAUAAUAACUGGUACAUAUUUCUCCGGUUGCACAACACGCUGUGCUCGCGGCUGCUGCGACUCUGCACGCAGGCCGAACGGCAGAUCGAAGAGGACCUGAGAGAGCGCAAGUGGGAGAGGGAGGUGCUCGGACUCAAACGGAACAAGAAUGAAAAUACCGCCAUACAGCUGCGUCUGAAGGAGCCCAUGGACGUGGAUGUGGAGGACUAUUACUCUGCGUUUCUAGAGAUGGUGCGUAAUCUGUUGGACGGGAAUAUGGAGGCGUCUCAGUAUGAAGAUUCUCUCCGAGAGAUGUUCACCAUUCAUGCCUACAUCGCCUUCACCAUGGACAAACUCAUCCAGAACAUUGUCAGACAGCUCCAGCACAUAGUGAAUGAAGAGAUUUGUGUUCAUGUGACUGAACUGUACCUGAAUGAAAGCAGUCACUCAGCCACAGGUGGAUCUCUGCUCACUCAGAGUACCAGAGCAGCAGCGGAAACGUCUUACCAGCGCAAAGCCGAACAUCUCAUGUCUGACGAAAACUGCUUUAAGGUUAUGUUAAUGAAGGACCAAGGGAACAUUCAGCUGACAGUGGAGCUAUUGGACACAGAAGAGGGGAAUUCAGAUGAGCCUGUGGAGAUAGAGUGCUGGUCAGAUUACGUCAUGCGGUAUCUGUCGGCUGAUUUAACAUCUCCAGAACUGAGGGAUCAUAUGGCCCAGAAGCCCGUGUUUCUGCCAAGGAACCUACGGCAAAUCCGUAAGUGUCAGCGUGGCCGUAAGUCUCAGGAGGAGGCGGCGAAGGAUGGAGGCACAAAGGAGAACCCAGAGAGCAUGAGGAUGGAAUGUAUGUUCAAACUGAACUCGUAUAAGAUGGUGUACGUCUUCAAAUCAGAAGAUUACAUGUACAGACACACAGCACUGCUGAGAGCCCACCAGUCUCACGAGCGCGUCAGCACGCGCUUACACGAGCGUUUUCAUGCGUGGACUCAGCGGUGGGUAAAGGAGCAUGUGACCAGAGACAUGGCUGCUGAAAACAGCAGGUGGUUGAUGGGAGAAAGGCGGGAGGGACUAGUACCCUGUUCCACCACCUGUGACCCCGAAAUCGUUCACUUCCAGCGUGUUAAUAAAUACAGAGUCAAGUACGGCAGUGCCUACAAGAGUCAGUGACAUCAGCAGACAGGGUGGAGUGAGGGGCGUGGCUUGGAGAUCACAUGCGUGGGCCAAAUUAUACUGUCAAGAUUGUCAAAUGGCAUUGACAUACACAAGAUUUGUAACAGUGUUUUUUUCCAUUAAGUCCCCCAGUGCCAAACCCCAGGGCUAAUGACCUGUCAGUCAAACCCAGUCUGGACCAAUCAGCACAGCUCUUAUAGCAGACCAGCCCACUCACCUGAUAUAUCUAGAUCGUUCUGUAACUCUAGAACGCCAGUUACACAUAAAGUGUGUUUCACUGGUUUUGAUAGUUUAAAAUAUUCACAGGCAGCAUAUCUUACUAAAUCUGUGGCAGAGAAGUUGACCUGUCUGGAUCAGAUGUGUCAUUUUAACAACUUUUUAUGAAAAUUAAAAACGUGUUGAUAGACUCCUAGUUUUGGGAUAAGUGCACUUAACUUCAGCAUGAGAGCUGGAGAUUUAUUCUACCACAUUUCAAAGCAGAACAAAGAUUUAAGGUGAACAAAAAUCUGUGUAAUAUUAGAAUGAACACAUUUUUUUAUUGAAAAAGGCAAAAAAUAAAAGAGUCUCAGCAAUAAAGAUCUAUCAGUAUAGAAUCUAUAGAAUUGGUAAACCCAUACAUCUGCACCAUACACCAGCUUACAUCAAGCAUACAUGUGAACCACAGACACACACACAAUUCACUAGUUUUGUAAAUAAAGUGUAAAUAUCGCCUGACCUUUUUUAAGCCAGAUGUGUGUGUGUGUUGUGUUUAGUGCUUCAGUGUGGCGUUAAGAGAUAAAGAUGCUGGAAUCCACUUGAGAAACUAUGAAAAAUGCAAGAUGGUUUAUUAUAGUUUCUCAAAUGGAUAGUUUGCCCAAAAGUUUAAAUUCUGUCAUUUACUCUCAAGUUCCAGCUUUUUUCUUCUGUCUUACACAAAAGGAAAUAUUAGACAAAAUGUCUUUUGUGUUCCAUGGAAAAACAAAAAGUCUUACAGGUUUGGAGCGACAUGAGGGUGAGUAAAUGACAGAAUUGUAACAUUUGAGAGAACUAUUCCUUUAAGGUUGGGGCUUGUGUUUUUUUUUUUUCUCCUUUUGUGUUUUCUUUGUUUUCCUCUUCCCUUUUGUCCCUUAUUUUUAAUAGUAUAAUGUUAAUUUGGAAAAGUAGAAAUGUAUCCAGGUUCUUGUUUUUCAAAUGGAAGUUUUUAUAAUAAAAAAAAAAAAGCAUUUUAAUUUUUGAAGUUUGAAUAUGGAUCUCAAAUACUGUACACUUUUAUCACUUGACCGUUUUGGAUAAAUCUUCAGCUGCGUCCUCUCGCAAACACACACACACAAAUACACAACUCUAUGUAAAGGUCUUUAUCGUUGUCAGAGGUUCAGUCUUCGCUCUGGAUAGAUUUCUGCUGGAAAAAUAUGAAUAUAUAUACACAUUUUAAAAAUGAGUCAACGCUUGUCUUUUCUGUGGAUCAUUAUAGACCCUUUAUUUGCAUAAUAUUUAAAUGAAUAAAAAUUACAUUUGUAGCAUAAACAUCUGCCUCCUUACUUUUUACUCUUUUU